GUGCCCUGCCAGUGCUCGCCAUGGCUCGGCCCGGAGAGGAGCUGUGUGGGACACUGUCUUACCGGACCGAACCUCGCAAGAUCCCCCGGCUCAGCCUCUUCCAUCUCAAGCUGACCGACUCGGCUCUCCGCUGCCUGCGGGACUUUCAGAAGGCGCAGGUGCCAGGAGCUACAUUGCCGCAGCCCAUAAUCACUUUCCAGGGGAACCAGGGGUACAUCAAGAUCCCAUCUCCAGUUUCAGGGUCUGAUGACAGAGUGCGGGUCUUUGCCUUCUACCUAUCCAGGGAGAUUAAGGAUAAGCCUCAGUCAAGCUUUGAGUGCAUAAGACAAGCAACCACCUGGACCGGAGAGAAACAUUUGAGCUGUAUUGGCACUAUACAAGACAAGAUAACCGUGUGUGCUACUGAUGAGUCUUACCAGUUAACCCGAGAUCGCAUGUCCCAAGUAGAGAAGGAAUCAUGGAGCAGGACUGCCAUUGAGAUUAAACCUGAGGCUUCUCAUCGAAGUAAAUGUGUCAAGAUUCCAAACAAAAUGAGCAUGGAAUCCAACACAGAGGGUUCCCCAUCUAAUCACCGUCCACCUGUAUUUCUAACACCAGCAGCCAAAAAGUGCAACCGGGUUAAUGGUGAAAGAAGACCACUGCAGGAGUGGCUUAUUCAACUGCUGGCCUUGAAACCAUACCGAAAACAUGACCUCAUUCUGCGCCUAGAAAAAUCCAACACUUUCCCUAGAGAUCAGACAGAACUAUUGUCUGCACUGGAUGUGGUAGGACAACAGAACCCUAAAGAUAGCAAGUAUAGUCUGAAAGAAGACCUGUACGGCCAGGUACAGAAGGACUGGUUGGGUUAUACUCCAGAGGAGAGGCAGCACUUAGCAGGUAUUCUUUCAAGUAGGAAACACCCAAAUAGCUCCUUAUCACUGAAUGGCCAGGCACCAGCCGAGAGGGACAGAACACAGCAUAGCCUGCCAUCCUCUCACCACAAUGCAAGGACGAGGCCUCCUGAUGCUAAACGUCCGGCGGGAGUUAAUACCACAGAAAAUAACAACUGCAAAAGAAUAAAAUCAUCAUUGGAUGGUGAUCCUUCUGAACAACACUCCAGCUCUUCAUGCAACACGCAUGUGAACUCUAGGCAUCGGACUGGCUCUGAGAGUGCCAAAAAACUGCCCCCUGUGUCUGAGAAACACAGAGUCUUUCCAGCACAAAGAAUCAAAAAGCACAGCACAGAACGAACUUUACACACAGAAAUGCACAAACGCACAAAAACAUGUGAUGGGUCACAGACUGGCAAAGUCAAGCAUAGAGUUUCUACAAAUCCAGCACCUCUAAUGGACAACAGACCAGGUUGGCUAAAAGAAGGAAAGAGAGAACAUGAAUCAAGUGAAGAGGAGGAAGAAGAAGACUGGGAAGAGGAAGCUAUCCUGUUGGAAAGGUGCCUCACAUCUCCAGAAGAAAAAGAUGAAGUUUCGGAGCCAGCCCUACCUUCUGAAGAGGUUCCAGAUUACUUGAAUAAAUAUCUCACAAUCACAUCUGGAGAUCAGAGGAAACUGUAUGAAGAAGAUUUUGCUUCUGAUUAUACAGAAUACCUCAAGCUGCACGCCAAGAUUGGAAAGGUGCUGGAGAGAUUCAUGCAGCUUGGAUCGAGAUUGAAGAAGUAUCAGCAAGGAACAGAAGCGCACAAGAUGGUGGAGAACAAGAUUCUUUCUGAAUACAAGAAGUUUAAAAAGACAUAUCCUACAUACAGCGAAGAGAAGUCACGCUGCGAAUACUUACAUGCUAAAUUAUCUCACAUCAAAAAGCAGAUUCUGGAAUAUGAAAAAAAUACCCCGACCUAGCCAGUGUGCUCGGGCCAGGCAAUCCACUCCGCACAGACCUCAGCAACACUCCGCGAGAUACCACAAGCCUUGAAGGAAAACCAAGUUUUCAACAACUGUGAAGAAAA